CCUGCUAGUUACCGUACCAUUCGUUUGGACGCUUUCAACGUCGGAACACGGUGAUUUAAGUGCAGCUAUUAAAUCUAAGUACUAAAAACUGUGUGGAUAGAACUGAAGGAAUCUUAAUCAUGAUUUUAUGAUAAUAAUUAAAUUAGUGAAAUAAAAGUUAAGUGAUUAUAAUGGCUACCACGUGGACGCCACCGGAACUAAGUGAAAUUUGUUACGAACAACAUGCACCGCUAUCACAAUGUUCUCCCAUGGGUGUUAUGUUUCUAGCCCUAGUGACACGUCUUUUUGGUGGCGUCUCCUACAGCGUACCAUACUCGAAAACAAAUCCAUAUGAUAUAUACAAUGAUAGAUUAUUAAAUCCUGGAUUAUAUUCAUCAGAUGUUUCAGGAUCUGAUUAUGAUUUCCCUAUCGGUUUGUUUAAGCCCAACUUUGAUAUUAGAUCACCGUAUAGCCAACAUCAUAUAGCACCACCACGCAGCAAAAGUGGUUAUCAUAUUAAUAUCGUCAGUUAUCAUCCACCGCCACCAUACACUCAUUAUGAUUCCAAAUUCGAAUCCCACGAACCCAUAAGAAAGUUCGAUUUCCUUGAAAAUAAUUUCGGAGAUUUGGGCUUAGAAGAGACUAAAGCCGUGCCAACUGUAGUAACAAAAAGCGAGAAAAAGAAAAAAUCAAGGCGUAAGCGAGAAACUGCGGAAUAUGACUUCAUCAUUGUCGGCGCUGGUUCAGCCGGAUGCGUUAUUGCUAACCGAUUAUCAGAAGUUAAGAAAUGGAAGAUACUUCUGCUAGAGGCUGGUCCUGAGCAACCAGAUGUCACUAUGGUGCCGUCGUUCGCGCCAACACUUAAAGGCUCUAACAUAGAUUGGAACUUUAGAACUCAACCAGAAGAAUUAACGUGCCGAUCUGCCAGAGGACAAAGUUGUUCAUGGACAAGCGGUAGAACCAUGGGUGGUUCCAGUUCAGUGAACUAUUUAGUGUACAGUCGAGGAAAUCGACUCGAUUACGAUACCUGGGCUGGAUUGGGCAACUAUGGUUGGAGUUAUAGUGAGGUGCUUCCGUACUUUAAAAAAUCUGAAAACAACAGAGAUGUAGAAGCUUCUGAUAAACAUUAUCAUGCAGUUGGUGGACCACUGAACGUUGAACGAUAUCCAUAUACUGAUAUAAACACUAUAAUGUUAGUGGACGCAUUCAAAGAAAAAGGAAUACCAUUAAAAGAUUUAACAGCGCCUGAUAACUUGGGAACUGGUAUAUCCUUGUCUACCUCCAAAGAUGGCAGAAGAUGGUCCUCAAAUGUUGCUUUUAUUAAACCAAUACGUGAACAUCGACCAAAUUUAGAUAUAUUAGUGGAAGCACGUGCUACCAAAAUAAUAAUAGAUCCAGAUACUAAAGUAGCUCAUGGCAUAACUUAUUUUAAAAAUGGAAAGUUUUAUAGUGCAUAUGCGAGGAAAGAGGUAAUUGUUAGCAGUGGCACAAUCAAUUCCCCAAAACUACUUAUGCUUUCUGGUGUUGGUCCGAAAGAACAUUUGGAGAGCUUACACAUACCAGUGUUAUCAGAUUUACGGGUCGGUCAUAAUUUACAAGAUCAUGUCACUACGGAUGCCCUUAUUAUAGCCCUCUCAAAUAAAACCUCAACGGCCGUCAAUAGCCAAGAACUAUUAGAUGAAGUUCAACUUUAUGACAAACAAGAACCUAAGAAGGACGGACCACUAUCCACUACUAGUACUUUAAACUCUAUUGCAUUCAUUAAAACUAAAUAUGCUUAUGAACCCGCCCCUGACAUUCAAUACCAUUUUGAUGCCAGAAAUGUUAGAGAAUUUUAUUCAGAUCCUACAACUUAUGUAGCGUCAUCUAUUUUCCCUCUAGCAUUCUAUGAUGGCCUGUCAGUGAGACCUCUUCUGCUUACACCCAAAAGCAGAGGAUUAGUAUUAUUAAACGAAACUGACCCAAUUUUCAGUAACCCGUUAAUAUUUCCGAGAUUUUUUACAAAUAAGCUAGAUUUAGAUGUACUGAUUGAAGGAAUGAGAUAUGUUACUGAUUUAGAAGAAACUGAAGUAUUUAAACAUAAUGGUGCUAGCUUUGUAAAAGAGCCUGUAAAAGGUUGUGAAGCAUAUCUUUGGGGAACAUAUGAAUAUUUCGCUUGUAUACUUAUUGAAUAUACCAGCACUAUCUAUCACCCAGUCGGUACAUGUAAGAUGGGACCAUCGUGGGACAAAGAAGCGGUUAUUGAUCCCAGGUUGCGAGUAUAUGGUAUCAAGAAUCUUAGAGUGAUAGAUGCAUCUGUUAUGCCAACAAUAAUAAGAGGUAAUACAAAUGCACCAACAAUGAUGAUUGCUGAAAAGGCAACAGAUAUGAUAAAAGAAGAUUGGUUAUCACAUAAAUAUUAACUUAUUUCUACUUUAUUCAAAGUUUUGUACAUAAAUUAUUUGUAAUUUAGUCAUAAACAAUUGCCAUUAAUUUUAGAGCUUCAUAAUGUAAUAGUUAAAACAAUUAUACCUACUUACCAGCACUUAAAACUGUUAUGAACUUUAAUUGGAUAGAGCUUAAUUUCAUUAUGUAUUCCAGUUUAUAAAAUAAAUUAGCUUUAGAAAGGCAACUUAAGUUUAUGAAUAGAAUAAUAAAAGUCUUUCUCAAAUUUAAAUAAGCUGAUUUGGAACAGAUUUUCAUUAAAGUAUGUAUUUAGAUUAGUUAAUUAAGUAUAGAAUAAUGCACACUUUAGAUAUCGAUUAAUUAAUUAUUGUAAUUUAUUUUAAUAUCUAAUGUUCUUUUUUUUUUUGUAAAAUGUUAAUAGUUAUUCUUUAAACUGUGCAAUAUCUUAUCCCACUACAUGGCCAAGACUCUCUCCUGGUAGUGAGAGAUAUAGAGCAUAGAACUACUAUGCUUCUUGAACGCGAGUUGGGGGCUUGAUAGUAUUUGGUUUUUGUAACAAUUAAUAUCAGAUGUCAAAGACAUUGACCGAAGGUGCUUUUCGAGGUAAGUGAACUACGAGUACAUUUAAAUUGUGAUUGCUUCAAAGUUUCACUAAUUUCUUAUCUGGGAGUCGAACCCAGCACCUCGUGAUCGUAUCGUCUAACCACGUGACCAACGUGUCAGUUAUACAAUCUAUAUUUCAGCCAUAUUGAUUAACACCAAGGUUUUAAACAAAAACCAACGGGUUAAUAUUAUCAGCUGACUUGCCUACAAGAUAAAUGUUCAUCGGGCCACUACAGAUAUUAUGUUUAUCAGAAUAAAAUAUAAACAUUCAAUAAAAUAAAGAAACUUAAAUGUAAAGAUGUCGACAUUUUUGGAAAUAAUUAUAAGUAUUAUAAGUUUAAUUGUAAUUUUAACUUUUAUGAAGCCAUCUCACAAUUAUCUGUUUUUAACUUUUAUUUUAUAAUUUUGUAAUUACUUUAUAUUCUUAUAUUAACAAACUAUGUUAUAAUCAGAAAAAUAAUUAAUAAACAUGUUUUUCCCCGGUCUUUCAUAUUUACAAACUACUUGACUUGUAAAGUUAAUACAUAUACAUCCUACUAAUAUUAUAAACGCGAAAGUUUGUAUGGAUGUUUGGAUGUUUGUUACUCUUUAACGCCGCAAGUACUGAACCGAUUUGGCUGAAAUUUGGAAUGGAAAGUCAAGAGCAAGAAAAAUAGUGAAAUC